AUGCCCGCCCGUCGGUCCGUCCGUCUGUCGGUCCGCGCGUCCUCCCCCCACCCUCCCGCCCUCCCCGCUGUCACCUUCCUCCGCUGCCGCCUGCGCGCCCUCACCUGGGCGCCGCGCCCCACCCUCCGCCCCGCCCCCCGACGGACGGGCAGCUGUAUCCAGCUGGGCUGGACCAGAUGCCAUGGGGCUGUGGGGCUGUCCAAGAGGAGGGGCCAAAGGUUUACCGGUGUGGAGGGGGGGAGCGGCUCUGUGAAGGUCUGUGGAGCUGAACUGAGCAUCCCUGGCAGCGCACAGGGGACGUCCCCCACGGUCUCCCUCCCUCUCGUCUCACAGACCUGCGCUGCGGCAGUGCCUGAGGUCUGUGCAGUGGGCUGUCUCACCCAGCCUAGACAAGCAGCUGGUCCUCCCUUGCUGUCAGAAACAGCUCUGGCACUUGGGCCUGCUUUGCCCAGCAGAUCUGUUCUCUCAUCCUGUGUGUGGCAGGGACCCUGGACCAGCAGGACCUGUUCACAUCCUGCCUUCUGCCACAAGUGUGCCUGCAGCAAUCACCACCCCGACUGCACCUCAAAUCUGCACCCUUCCACGGCGUCCGCUCCUCAUUUAUCACCCUCCCCUCUGUGGAUACCAACAGUCCCCAAUCUGCGACACUGGCUGGCCCCACCCUUUGUAGUUUUGUGGCUGGUGUUAUCUGCUUGGUCUGCCUUCAAAGUACUGGCUCCCCCGUCUCUAAACCACCCUGGGGCCAGCACGGAGCCCAAGAUAUACCCUGUCUGCCUGACCCCUCCCAGUGCCCUGAACCCCGUGGGCGCCCACCUGUCUGUCCACAGCUGGGGCGGACCCCAGGUUGGAGGCGAUGCUGUGAAGAUCAUAGGAGGGCACUGCUCCCCCCAACCCCUGAGGGGGGCAGCCUAA